CUGCAGGGUGCACGCAACGCCCCCUCCAUGUGUAAGGCAUGUUCUCCCUGCCCUUUCGCCGUUGCUUCUCUUUCUUCCCCCCUCCAUAGCCAUGGUUGUGGAGAAAGAGAGAGAAAUAAGUACAGAAAGAGAGAGACAUGGGAAAUAGCUUGAGGUGCUGCAUAGCAUGCAUGUUGCCCUGCGGAGCUCUGGAUGUGGUGCGCGUGUUGCAUGCCGAUGGCCGGGUGGACGAGUACAGAGGCCCGAUAACGGCCGGCGAAGUCAUGAAGGCCAAUCCCAAACAUGUGUUGGCUCAACCAACAUGUCAGGGACUUGUUCAGAAGAGCUCCAUUGUGCAUCCUGACCAUCUCCUUCGCAAAGGUAAGAUUUAUUUUCUCAUUCCCGCUUAUACCCUUCACAGAAGGCCCAAGAACAGCACUCAUAGCCAAAACCACAGCCACAGCAACAACAACAACAACAACAACAAAACACCGAAGAACGAUAGCCACAGCCAAAACCCAAAUCAAAACCGGAGCCGAGGCCACAACCACAACGAUGAGAACAGUAGUAGCUAUCGAAGCAGUGAUGAUGACAAUGGCAAGGAUGUCAUGGUUAAUAGGCCAAAAGUUGAGACGAGUGAAUCCAAGCCAGAGAGAGGCACACAGAGGGUGCAUAGAAGGCGCCUAUCAGGUCAGGUGGGUGCCUGGAAGCCGGCACUGGGUAGCAUCUCGGAGACUGAUAGCGUAUUAUGAUUCAUGGUCAAGUUCAGCAUUUUUCAUAGGAAACCAUGUAAAGAUGAAAUAUCCAUGGCAAUUGAGAUAGACGUUAGCAGUCAAAUUUUCCAGGAAAUGACUGAAUAAGGAUUUGGGAUGAUUCUGUGACUCAAUUUUUUCAGGCUUUUGCAGCCUCUCUCUCUCUCUCUCUCCCUUCUGUGCCAAAUUUUUCAGGCAUUUCUGCCUUUGGGUCUGUGAGUCUCUGUCUAUUUGCACAUGUGUGCCUAAAUCUUUUUCAGGUCAUGGCUUGGGUUAAGUGAUCUUCUCUUUCCAACCGUGUGAGAAAAUUCAUAGUGCCAGAUUUCCAAUGGGAUUCCAAACCAGGAUUUAGUGCUGCAAUUGUCAACAACGAAACGACUCAAACCUGGUGCCCAAUCCCCCAAGAAAAUUACUCAUUGUGUGUGGGAUUCAUCAAAACUAAUGAUUCAGAUCUUGAUUUUGUUGCAGUGGAUGCUUUGGAUUUCAAAAAGGAAGCCUUUGAUUGUGAAAGUAGAGUGCUUUCAAAUGGAUAGAGACAAAUCAUAAAAGGAAUGGAUAGGAAUUGUAAGUCUUAGUAAAGAAUGAAGCUUUUUCUUUUUUCAUUUCAUGGUAACAGGAAUUGUAAGUUUCAGUAAAGAAUGAAGCUUUUUCUCUUUUCA